AUGGCGGUUAAAACCGAUAUGAGCAAGGCUUAUGAUAGACUCGAAUGGGAGUUCAUCCGACUUGUCCUCGAGAGGCUGGGAUUCCACUCUCGAUGGAUCAACUGGAUCAUGGAAUGUGUUUCUACUGUUACCUACUCUUUUCUCAUCAACGGUUCGCCUAGAGGAAGAGUGAAACCGAGCCGAGGCAUCCGUCAAGGAGACCCUCUCUCACCCUACAUAUUCAUCUUGUGUAGUGAAGUGCUCUCGGGUUUGUGUAACAGAGCACAUGAAACAGGCCUUCUAGCCGGCAUUCAAGUGGCAAGAGGAUCCCCACAUGUCAACCAUCUGCUAUUUGCGGACGACACUAUGUUUUUUACUAGAGCAAACAAAGCUAGUGCAGCCGCACUCAAGGAAAUUCUCCGACAGUAUGAAGUGGCUUCGGGUCAGUGCAUUAACCCAUCCAAGUCGACGGUCACUUUCUCCCGCAAGGCUCCGGGCACGCUCAAAGCUUGCAUCAAGGAUUGCCUGAACAUCUCCAAAGAAGGCGGCAUUGGCAAAUAUCUAGGAUUGCCGGAGCAUUUCGGGCGACGGAAAAGAGAUAUGUUUACGUCUAUUGUGGACCGGAUAAAGAUUAAGGCGAGUGGCUGGUCUAACAAAUUCCUCUCCACAGCUGGGAAAAUGAUAAUGCUCAAGAGCGUACUCUCGCCCAUCCCUUCCCACGCGAUGUCCUGUUUCAAGCUACCACGUUCCCUAUGUAAACGGAUUCAGUCCGCAGUUACUCGUUUUUGGUGGGACGACAGAAGCGGAAACCGCAAAAUUGCAUGGGUCUCAUGGGACAAAAUGACAAAUACAAAAGGGGAUGGAGGUUUGGGUUUCAGAGAUUUUGAAAGCUUCAAUGAUGCCUUCCUCGCAAAGCUUAGUUGGCGGCUUAUUCAUAAUCCCUCAGGGCUGCUUAGCCGGGUGUUAAUGGGCAAAUAUGGUGGGGAUGGAACCUUUCUUGAGGCAGGACAUAGGUCGGUGGAAUCCCACGGCUGGAAAGGCAUUCUCAUUGGUCGAGACCUAAUUCUACAAAACGCUGGAUGGGCUGUGGGAGAUGGGGAAUCGAUUAGCGUUUGGGCAGACCCGUGGCUUAGCCUCUCAGCGCCGAGGCGACCCAUGGGACCAACACCUGAACGUUUUGCUAAUCUAAAGGUUAAGGAUCUGAUGCUACCAAAUGGCUCCGACUGGAACAGAGACCUGAUUCAACAGAUAAUGCCCCAAGAAGAAGCUACAAUACUUAGUAUAAAGGCAAGCAGAUCAGGAACUCCGGAUAAACUCAUCUGGUUAGGAACGACCUCGGGCGAAUACACGAUGAAAUCUGGGUAUUUGAAGGCACUGGAGUCCAGUCCGACCUCACCUCCACCCAACAGAGCUAUAGACUGGAAUAAGGGAGUUUGGCAACUUGAAGUUGCCCCAAAAAUCAAACUAUUCUUAUGGAAGAUUUUCCAGGGAGCUUUGGCGAUUGGUGAUAGGCUUGUUACACGCAACAUCAGCACAGGAACAGGUUGCAAGACCUGCAAUAAUGUGGAAUCUAUCAAUCAUCUUUUUCUUCAUUGCGAUAUCGCAUACAAGGUGUGGAAGCUAGCCCCUUUCUCUUCUUGUAUUGACUCUAGACGAUUGCUAGAUUUGAAUACUGCCUGGCAAGGACUCUCCAAGCUUGUGUGCCUCCCACCAACCGGAAUCUCAACAGGGCCUCUAGCUCCAUGGAUUUUAUGGUCUUUAUGGCUCGCAAGAAACAACAGACUGUUCAAUAACAAGAUCUCUACCCCGGAAGAAAUUGUUUCUCGAGCCACUGCAGCUGCUCAGGAAUGGCUAAAAGAGCAACGCACCGAACCCCCCAACACAAAGGACACACGGGUAUUAGGACCCCCGAGGGAGACGGACUCUAGCAGACUACAAACGGACGCAGCCUGGCGAGCUGAUCUCCAAUGUGCAGGCUUAGGUUGGACGAUCAUAGAGAAAGAUCAGAGCACUACUCACCUGUCUUACUGCUAUUUUGUAAGCUCACCUUUAGUAGCAGAAGCUCUCGCUGUACGGGAUGCUUUGGCUCAUUGCAGAGCGCUGGGAAUCCUGCGGCUCCGAUGUCAGACUGACUCUCAACAACUGGUUAAAGCCCUAGCAACAAAGGAUCCGAAUCCUGAGAUUUAUGGAAUAGUCUCAGAUACCCUGAUUUUAGCUUCGUCUUUUGACUCUAUCUCUUUUGAAUGGUUGCCUAGAGCACAAAACAAUGUGGCUGAUGCUUUAGCAAAACAGGCUUUGUAUAAUGCCUGCCCUGUAACCCCUCAAAUUGACUCUGAGGUUUAA